CGUGCCCGGAGAUGAAUGGCGGUGCCCCGGGCGCCCAGCGGGACCCCACGGGGCUGGAGGACGCGUGCGGCUGGCGCUGCCCGGAGCACGGCGACCGCGUGGCCGAGCUCUUCUGUCGCCGCUGCUGCCUCUGCGUGUGCACGCUCUGCCCGGUGCUGGGGGCACACCGAGGCCACCCCGUGCGCUUGGCGGCUCGAAGAGGCGGCGCGGCGUGCAGGUGGCAGAAACUCACCCAAGAAGGUUUAAAACAGUUGGCAACCAAGAAGCAGCAGCAAGUUGGCAACAUAACCCAGAUAGAAGAUGCUUCGGAAAAGCUCAAGGCACAUGCAGAAUCAAGUAAACACUGGCUGACCGGGAAAUUCGCUGAACUCAGACAGCUUCUUGAUGAAGAGGAAAUGACAGCCAAGAAAUUCAUUGACAGAAACACGCAGCUCACCCUCCAGGUCUUCAAGGAGCAGAUCGUGUCUUGCGGAGAGCAAAUUGACUUUAUUCAUGAUCUCUCCAGCAGGGUCCAGAGCAUCAGCCAGGAGUCCAACCCAGUACAGCUGUUGCAGGGGUACAAAGCUGCUGAACGGGAACUACAGCGCCACUUGAGCCUGAAUGAGUUGUACCACCCUGUGCCUUACUCCUUUGAGCCCAUCAAGAUCCUCUACAAGGGCCUGGCCGAAGCCUUACAGAGCACAAUGAAGGUCUCCUUAGAUGUGCGUCUUAAAGAGAAUCUGAACUGCUCACUCUUGGACUCCUCCAGUGCCAAGCCAGGCUCUUUGUUGAAGACUGGGCCCUCACCAGAGCGAUCACUCUUCUUGAAAUACGCGCGCACGCCCACCCUGGACCGGGACACGAUGCACUCGCGCCUUCGCCUCUCCGAGGACUGGCUGACGGUGCACUGCGGCCUGCUGGGCAGCCUGGGCCGGGCGCCCGCGCUCCGCUUCGACUCGCUGUGGCAGGUGCUGAGCCGCGACUGCUUCUCGGCCGGCCGCCACUACUGGGAGGUGGACUUGCAGGAGGCCGGGGCCGGCUGGUGGGUGGGCGCGGCCUACGGCUCCCUGCGGCGCCACGGCCGCUCGGCCUCGGCCCGCUUGGGCUGCAACCGCCAGUCGUGGUGCCUCAAGCGCUACGACCUGGAGUACUGGGCCUUCCACGACGGCCAGCGCUGCCGCUUGCGGCCCCGCUACGACCCCGACCGGCUGGGCGUCUUUCUGGAUUACGAGGCGGGCGUGCUGGCCUUCUACGACGUGAUGGGCGGCAUGAGCCACCUGCACACCUUCCGCGCCUCCUUCCAGGAGCCCCUGUACCCGGCCCUGCGCCUCUGGGAAGGGGCCAUCAGCAUCGCCAGGCUUCCCUAGGAGCUGUCCAGCUAGAGGCACACUCAUGCUGCUCUCUAAAG